UAGAGAGAGCAUUUAUUUGAACGUGGCUUAUAUAUGAAUAUAAAGAGCGAGAGAGAGAAGGGACUAUAGCUAGGGAAGUGAUAUCAGAACUAGAAGGAAGCAGAGAGAGGUAGCGAUCGAGAGGAAACAUGGGAAGAGGAAAGGUUGUACUGGAGAGAAUACAUAACAAGAUCAAUCGCCAAGUAACCUUUUCAAAGCGUAGAAAUGGUUUGCUGAAGAAAGCUUUCGAGCUAUCGGUGCUCUGCGAUGCUGAAGUCGCCCUAAUCAUCUUCUCCAGCCGCGGCAAGCUUUUUCAGUACAGCAGCACCGACAUUAGCAGAAUCAUUGAGAAGUAUCGUCAAUGCUGCUUCGACAUGUCUCAAACUGGCGACAUAGCUGAACAUCGAUCGCAGCAGGAGCUUUUAAUAUUAAGAAGCAAAUACGAAUCACUCCAACGAACGCAAAGGAAUCUUACGGGAGAAGAACUUGAGCCACUUAGCAUGAAAGAAUUGCAUAGUUUAGAGAAACAACUUGAUAGAACGCUUGCACAAGCUCGGAAGCACCUAACGCAGAAGUUGACGUCACGAAUUGAUGAAUUACACGGAAAGGUGCACAACCUAGAGCAGGUUAACAAGCAAUUGGAAUCUAAGGAGAGAGGUAAAUGCACCCAGAUUUGUGAAAGUUCAGCAAAUAACGAUAUUUGGCUGCACGAUGCACAUGUCAAUCAAUUUGAAUAUGGAACAACAAGUUCAUUUCAGCUUCAACAAACUACCAGUUCAAAGGAAAAUAAAUAGAUACGAGGACUGAUCGAGAUCAAAGCAGUCGAUCACGAUAAGAAUAAUUCAUUAAUGACAUCUUUGAAUGUUCAUGGUUAAUGAUUGCUCCUGAUUGUUUAUCUCCCUCUAUAUUGUUCCAAAUCUCAAAAAUCAAGUUACUUGAUGACACUUUUGAUUUAGCAUAAAUUUGAUCGAAGUCAUUUUUAUUUA